AUGCCCAGGGUAACGCUGAACGGCAUCACGGUGGACUUCCCCUUCCAGCCCUAUGCCUGCCAGGAGGCGUACAUGGCCAAGGUGCUGGAGUGCCUGCAGAAGAAGGUAAAUGGCAUUUUGGAGAGCCCCACAGGCACAGGGAAGACCCUCUGCCUGCUGUGUUCCACGCUGGCGUGGCGGGAACACUUUAAAGAUGCCAUCUCAGCCCGCAAGAUUGCGCAGCAACUGAAUGGGGUGGAACUCUUCCCAGAGAGAUCCCUGUCGUCCUGGGGCAAUGCUGACGCCGAUGCUGAUAUCCCAAUUUAUUACACUGACAUCCCCAAAAUAAUUUAUGCCUCCAGAACUCACUCACAACUCACACAGGUCAUUAAUGAGUUAAAGAACACAGUCUACAGGCCCAAGAUCUGUGUUUUGGGUUCCAGAGAACAGCUUUGCAUCCAUCCUGAAGUGAAACGACAAGAGAGCAACCACAUGCAGAUCUACAUGUGCCGAAAAAAAGUGAUGGCUCGUGCUUGUCAUUUCUAUAACAAUGUGGAAGAAAAGAGUACAGAGAAAGAGCUGAUGAACUCAAUCAUGGAUAUCGAAGACUUGGUUAAAAAUGGAAACAAGCACAGAGCUUGUCCUUAUUAUCUCUCUCGAAGCCUGAAGCAGCAAGCAGAUAUUAUUUUUAUGCCUUACAACUAUUUGCUAGACUCAAAGAGCCGCAGAGCGCACAACUUGGACCUGAAGGGGACUGUGGUAAUACUUGAUGAAGCUCACAAUGUGGAGAAGUUGUGUGAGGAGUCAUCUUCUUUUGACUUGACACCCUAUGAUUUGGCUUCAGCAAUAGAUGCCGUGGAUGUUGUACUGGAAGAACAAGCCAAAUUUAAUGAAAUAAAUGCUGAGUUCAAUAUGGAGUUGGCCUGUUCAGGACUGAACAUGGAACUUGAAGAUAUAGCAAAGAUAAAGAAAAUUCUCCUUCAGCUCGAAAGUACCAUUGAUGCAGUGGAGCUGCCACCGAAUGAUAGUGGAGUCACCAAAGAGGGAAGCUACAUCUUUGAUCUGUUUGCAGAGGCCCAAAUAACAUUCCAGACCAAAUCCUCACUCCUGGAUUCACUGGAGCAGAUUUUACAGUAUCUUUCAGGCCGUCCUGGGAUAUUUGUCAAUACGUCUGGAUUGCAUAAGCUCUCGGAUAUUAUCCAGACUGUAUUCAACAUCGAUCCCCCAGAAGGUGCAACAGGUUUCAGGCCACAUCAGUCGAUAUCUAAAUAUUAUAAGGUACAUAUUCAUCUGGAUGACAGCAAUCAGAAGAAGAAACAAAGGACAGAUCUCUGGAAUUCAUCAUCUACAAAAAAAGAAAAGACCUUAAGCUACUGGUGUUUCAGCCCUGGCUACAGCAUGCAUGAACUUGUUCGACAAGGAGUCAGGACAAUUAUCCUUACUAGUGGGACACUCUCCCCCCUCUCAUCAUUUACAAUGGAAAUGCAGAUCCCUUUUCCUGUUCGCUUGGAGAAUCCUCAUGUUAUCGGUAAACACCAGCUCUGGGUUGGGAUCAUUUCUAAGGGACCUGAUGGAACUGUGCUGACUUCUACCUAUGAAAGAAGGUUUUCAGAGGAUUAUUUAUCUUCUCUGGGGAAAACAGUUGGUAACCUUGUGCGAGUUGUACCAGAUGGACUGUUGGUGUUCUUCCCGUCUUAUCCUGUCAUGGAUAAGAGCCUGGAAUAUUGGAGAGAGCAUGAUUUUGCUAACAGAAUAGAAGAAGUGAAGCCAAUGUUUGUGGAGCCCAGGAACAAAGGAAGCUUUUCAGAGGUAAUAGAUGCCUACUAUAAUAAAGUUGUCUGUCCCAAGUCCAAUGGGGCUGCUUUUUUGGCAGUAUGUCGGGGGAAGGCCAGCGAGGGCUUGGAUUUUGCAGACAGAAAUGGCCGAGGAGUCAUCAUUACCGGGCUCCCGUUUCCUCCUCGUAUGGAGCCCAGGGUCAUUUUGAAGAUGCAGUUUCUGGAUGAGAUGAGAAGAAGUGGGGCAGGUUCACAGUAUCUAUCUGGGCGGGAGUGGUACAACCAGCAAGCUUCCCGGGCUGUUAACCAGGCUAUUGGCAGGGUCAUCAGACAUCGCCAGGACUAUGGUGCUAUCUUCCUUUGUGACCAAAGGUUCUCAACUGGAAAUGUGAGAGGCAAGCUGCCUUCAUGGGUCCGCCCCUAUGUGAAUGUCUAUGAUAACUUUGGGCAUGCAGUCAGAAGUGUCUCCAUCUUCUACCGUGGUGCUCAAGAAUUU